UCCAAUUCUGUUGAUCUGUUGUUCUCUUCCAUUGUUCCAGUUCCAAAAUGUGUUCUGAAUAUAAACAUCGAAGAAGUGGAGUCAGCUCGGAACUUCACCCUCGACAGCAGUGCCGAGAGGUGGUGGGACCAAACCGACCUGACUCGCUUGAUCAUCGCUAACAAUUGUCUGAACUCUUUGCCGGAAGACAUUCGCCUGAUCCAUGCCCUCAACCUGCUUGAUGUCCAUGAUAACAAUUUGGAGUCUCUGCCCGAUACGCUUGGUGACUUAAUUGAAUUACAAAAGCUAGUUCUCAGUCGCAACAAGUUGACUACAUUACCUGACACUAUACAACAACUACAGAACCUGACCGUGCUUCAAAUUGAUAACAACAACAUGACAAACUUACCUGAUGGAAUCGGUCAGCUGAGUAAUUUGGAAGAUUUGAAUGCUUCUAACAACAGUCUGGUCACAUUACCACCAAAUUUGGGUAAACUAACCAAAGUCCGAAAUUUAAACCUCUCUUCGAACCAACUAACAACUAUCCCUGCGGAAGUGGGGAAUAUGUCUCAGAUGAGGAAUUCUGUACAUGAAUUGCAUUUGGGUUUCAAUUAUAUCACUGAGCUUAGCAAGGAACACUUAGCUCCACUGGGUCAAAUCACUUUGAUGGAUCUCCGUGACAACAAACUGAAAGAAAUCCCAGCAGAGAUAACACUUCUUGCCAAUCUACAGAGACUUGAUCUCACUAACAAUAGCCUACAAGGGCUGCCCAAUGAAGUCGGUUUAAUGGUAAAUCUGAGAAAUUUGCAGUUUGAUGGUAACCCCAUUCGAAACAUCCGGCGUGACAUCAUAAUGGUGGGUCGAAUAAUUUUUUUUUUUAUUACAUUUUACAUUUUCUUUGAAAAAAAACAAAAAAACAAGAUAGUCUUCAAGUUAAUUGAAUCCUUAUCUGAACUUCACAUGGGAUUUAACAAACUGACUUGUCUACCUGCUGACAUUGGCAAAAUGGUUCAUUUAACAUACCUUGAUGUUCGGAAUAAUUGUAUGACUGACCUGCCUGAGGAAAUCAGUCAGCUGAAGAAUCUAAGAGAAAUCAAGUUUUCUACAAUCCCCCCGGUGAUCUAUACCCUCUCCAAACUGGAAAUACUGUUCAUCAAUGGCAACAAGCUAACAGAGGUGGAUGUAGACUCCCUCCAGAAGCUGCCAAUCCUCACUACCCUAAAUCUACAGAACAACAACCUAACUCAGAUUCCACCAGAAUUGGCUCUUUGUCCCAAAUUGGCUUGCCUCCAGCUCGAAGGGAAUGCUUUACGAAACCCACGGGCAGCCAUAAUUGCCAAAGGGAGUUCAGCCAUCUUGGAUUAUCUUCGAGACCGCAUCAUCAAAUAAGUGUUCUUUGUUUGUUUGUUUGCAGUUCACUUCACACCAGCUACCAGCAUGUACUUUUUUUUUUAUAUAUAUGUAAUAUAUACACUUCCUGUGUGUAAGCAUGCACACACACACACACACACACACACAUGCAAAUAUAUAUGCACAUAUACAUACAUAUGUACAUGCAUAUACAUACUCAUACAUACAUGCACACUAAUAUACUCACAUACGCACAUACACAAUAAUACACAAACAUAAGGCGUCGAGCUGGC